UUGAUUUAUAUUCUAAAACUUAAUUGUGACAACUUUGAAUUUAAAGCUAAUCCACCAUGUCAACAGGUUAUUUUGAUGAGUCUUUGGAAGAAUGUAUGAAUACAACAGCGCCAAUGGAACUUUCCAUCACUUCGGCGGGUAUUUCCGCCUUUCUUCUCGUAGUUACAGUACCUACGAAUCUCUUGAUAUGUCUAGCUAUAAUUGUGGACCCAAAUCGCGAACUCAGGACGCAGUUUAACUGUUUUACGUUCAAUCUUGGUCUGGCUGAUCUCAUAGUAGGCUGUGUCGCAGAGCCUUUUAUGAUCUUCGCCCAUAUCACUGAAGCUGUUGCCCCCGAACACGAAGUUAGUUCAUCAGUAAACAUUGCAGUUCGUAUACCGUACUUUAUUUUGACAAUGGCGAGUAUUUUAAGCAUAGCAGCUCUAGCUUGCGAAAGGUAUUUUGCGAUAAUUUCACCUUUUUGUUAUCGGGAACAUUUUAAUGUGAAACUGACCGUAAUAAUUUCCUCGGUUAUAUGGAUAGUUGCAAUAACGUUUGGUAUGUUGAUUUGGAUAAUGGACUACGUAUUCGAAUCAUUUAUCCUGAUCAAUUUUGGUGUGUUGUUCACUGGAGUGCUAGUCUGCUUUGCAUCUUGUCGUAUUUGUGCUCGGUUAAAGAAAACGUCAAAACAAUGGCAGAAAAAUGAGAUGCAUCGGGAAAAAGACAACUUAACUCAAAUGAAAUUAACAAGAACACUAGGACUAAUGGUGGGGACGUUUAUGCUUUGUUAUGUUUCCGCAGGUUCCAUGAUCUACUAUAUAAACGUUUGUACAAACUGCAACUGUGGGGUUAUCCAAUGGUUCAGAGACGCGGCGUUCUGGUUAAUUCUACUAAAUUCCGCAAUCGAUCCUUACGUGUAUGCAAUCAGGUCUAGUCAAUUCAGAGCUGCGAUUUACAAGAUCCUAAAAUGCUCAUGUCAGCGACGUAAAUCUUUUCGGACAUUCCCAGCUCUAAGGUAUUCAAAACAGCGAAAGAACAGAAAGAGAGCAAAUUAUGGUGCACUUUCCAGUACAGACAGCAGUCAAGUUUCGUGUCAUAUUGAACAAUUGACGUAAAACCUCUCGAACAUUCCCAACUUAGUCAAAACAGGGACCGAAAGAGAGCAAAUUAUGGUGCAUUGUCCAAUACAG